CAGUCGAUAGGAAAGAGGGGUCGACGCUUUCAAUAUUAUUUACCCUAGCGAUAGAGAUAGAGACAUUCCUCAGAGGCAAAAUCUUCAUUUCAGAACAAACUUUGAGCUUUUAGUCUUCUCAUUUGCUUCAUUAUUCGGUCAUAAUUGCCAUGCCAGUAUCAUAUCUAGAGGUUAUUGAGCAUGAUACUGUUUUGUGAUUCUGGAAAAUGGGAUAGCAAAGGUUAAUAUUUGUGUUGGACAUAAGCUUUUUACCCUUCAACCGAAAUAUGUAGAUUCUUUUAAGCUGUAAUAAAAUUUAAUUGCAAGGUUGCUUGUCUGAUUAGACUAUAGUUAAAAUGGAUUUUGAUGAGUAUGAUUACCUGGAGAAAACAGUUGAAAACCCUGAACUCCAUAAAGUGAAGGAAACUGCCAAUGGUGUUGGUGAUGCCACGAAGCCUGGGAAUAAAUAUAGCAGUUGGAGUUCAAAACACAAGAUCAGUGAGAAGGAUGAUGGGGAUGAUGAUCAUCGCUCAAAGCGCGUAAAAUCUGGAGAUGAAUUUCGUGAUCGUGACUGGCAUAAAGAAAAGGGCUCUUCUCGUCAUCUCUCACGAUCUAAAGAUGGUGAUAAGGACCGACUCCGUAGUAGUCGGGAACAUAGAGAUAGAGAAAGAGGUGGAGAUAGGGAGGAAAGAAAUGGGAAAGAGAGGGACAGGCUUAGAGAUCGAGAGCAUGAUCGUGAUAGUGAAAGGGACAAGGAGGGGGAAAGAGAGCAGUCACGUCGAAGCAGGAGCUGGUCAGAAAGGCAUCGAAUUGAUUUGGAUGAAAGGGACAGAGAGAGGAUCCGAGACAUGAAGUAUAAAGAAAGGGAGACGGAGUCGAGGGAACUGGAUAGAGAAAGCAGAAGACAUAAAGAAAAAAAGGAAGAAGUUACAGAGCCUGAAGCUGACCCUGAACGUGAUCAACGAACAGUAUUUGCUUAUCAGAUAUCUUUGAAGGCAGAUGAAAGAGAUGUCUAUGAGUUUUUCUCAAGGGCUGGCAAGGUGCGAGAUGUACGCCUCAUAACGGAUCGCAACUCAAGACGUUCAAAGGGAGUUGGGUAUAUUGAGUUCUAUGAUGUGAUGUCAGUCCCUAUGGCCAUAGCUCUCUCUGGGCAGCCUCUUCUUGGUCAACCAGUUAUGGUGAAACCUUCAGAAGCUGAAAAGAAUCUUGUUCAGUCAACAACAAUGAAUGCAGGUGGUGGACUUAUAGCCCCAUACUCUGGAGGGGCAAGAAGGUUGUAUGUUGGCAACCUGCACUUCAACAUAACAGAAGAUCAACUUCGCCAGGUUUUUGAACCAUUUGGAACUGUGGAGUUGGUGCAAUUGCCUCUUGAUGAAACUGGGCACUGCAAAGGCUUUGGUUUUGUUCAGUUUGCACGCCUUGAAGAUGCUAGAAAUGCCUUAAAUUUGAAUGGACAAGUGGAAAUUGCAGGUCGGCCAAUCAAGGUGUCAACUGUUACUGACCAAACCGGAAUGCAAGAAGGUGGGACAAAUACUGGUGAUUUUGAUGAUGAUGAAGGUGGUGGCUUGGCACUGAAUGCACAUUCUCGAGCGGCUUUGAUGUGGAAGUUGGAUCGCAGCGGCACUGCCUCAAGUAUUGCUGGUUCAUUGGGAACCCCUGUUGUCAGUAGUGGCCUUACUGUACCAACAGCACCUAUUCUCAGUGCUGCGCCUGCGGUUUCUGCUGUUGCUCCACUUAUGUCAGGUUCUAUUGGUCUACCUGGGCUUACAGGCACGGGUGAUCAACUUCCUGCUGCACCAAUUCCAUCUGUGGAAACAAUUAGCAUCCCGAGUGAAUGUUUAUUAUUGAAGAAUAUGUUUGACCCAAAAUUAGAGACGGAACCAGACUUUGAUUUGGAUAUUAAAGAAGAUGUUCAAGAUGAAUGCUCUAAAUUUGGAAAUUUGAAGCAUAUUUACGUGGACAAAAAUAGUGCUGGUUUUGUGUAUUUGCAAUUUGAUAAUACACAAGCUGCGAUGAAUGCACAACGGGCUCUUCAUGGAAGAUGGUUUGCUGGGAAGAUGAUCACUGCAACACCAAUGAUGCCACAGAUCUAUGCAGCCAAAUUCCCAGAUAGCAGAUAGAAUUAUAGAUUUUGGACAUGCGAAUUAUGUAAGUUUGUGUUGCAUUGGAAAGAUGUUCGUAUUAGCUGGGUCAGCAUCAAUUUCUCUCAUCAUGGUAAUGGAAGUAGUUAACUUCUGUUAUGCUCUCAUUUGUAAUUUUUUUUUUUAUGAACACAUUUGAAAUUCUCAUCAACUCUCUUUAUUCUGAGCUAUUUGUGAAUGUACUAAUAUUUGCAUAAGUUGACCGUUAAAAUUAAGGGUGAGCAUUAUUCGGUUAAAAAAAAAAAAAAAAGAUCGAACUGUAUUAAUUAGGACAUUCGAUUUGGUUUAUGUAGAAGUUUGGUUUGGUUCGGUUUCGGUUUUAA